AUGAGCUACACAGUCAAGGCAGGCGACACCCUCUUCGCCAUUGCGCAGAGCCACGGCAUCACCCUGGAGAAGCUCCAGGCCGCCAACCCGGGCGUGGACCCUAGGGCGCUCCAGGUCGGCCAGGUCCUGAAGCUUCCCAGCUCGGGCAGUCCCAGCAAGGGCAACGGCUACGUCGAUUACGGCGGACCCGCCUCCAACUUCCCGAAGGAGUCCGAGUGGGCCAGCUGGGACGAGCUUUGGAAGCAAAACGAGCGCCUGAUGAAGUUCCACGACUCGGACUCGGAGAUCGCGCUCAUCAAAAAGUCGAUCGAGACCGUCGCCAAGGAGUCCGGCGUCGACCGCCGUGUGAUCCUCUGCAUUAUCGUGCAGGAGUCGGGUGGUAACGUGCGGGUCAGGACUACCAACAACGGUGUCCGCAACCCGGGACUCAUGCAGUCCCACAAUGGCGCCGAGUUCAACCCCAACGACCCCGCCGGCAGCAUCCUGCAGAUGCAGAAGUACGGCAACUACUACGAGGCGUUCCGUGGUUACAACUCUGGCUCUGUCAACAAGCGCGACCUCAACGACCCUGUCGGCGCCACCGGCUCGUACGUUCGGGAUGCCGCCAACCGUCUGAUGGGCCAUGUCUGGAACGGCAUGUGA